GUGGACUCCUCUGUUUUUAGCUGACUCCUCUUUCACCGUUUCCUAAUUAUAAACCACAAACAAAAUACACACACGCCUCUCAUCUCUAUCUCUUAUUUCUCAAAACACGAUUGACUUCUAGGGUUUCCAAGAUCAAACUAAAACAUACCUUCGUUGAACGAUGGGUUUCUCAAUGUUGUUCUCUUCCGAAAACGACGUCGUCCAUCACUCCUCUCCUUAUGCUUCUGUUGACUGCACUCUCUCACUUGGAACUCCCUCCACUCGUCUCUGUAAUGACGACGAUGAGCGUAGAUUCUCUUCUCAUUCCACCAAGUCCUUAGGCUGGGACUUCUUGCACGGUGCCAAGAAAGGCGGUGGCGGCGGAAAUAACAUCCUCGCUCGCCGUUGCGCUAAUUGCGACACCACUUCUACUCCUCUUUGGAGAAACGGUCCAAGAGGCCCCAAGUCAUUGUGUAAUGCGUGUGGAAUCCGAUUCAAGAAGGAAGAGAGACGUGCGUCGACGGCCGGAAACUCCACUUCCGGCGGAGGAUCAACAGCGGUUGGAGUUCCAACGUCGGAUCAUCGCGGAGGUGCAAAUUAUUAUUAUAAUAGCAAUACUAAUAAUAAUCAUUAUGCUGCAUCGUCGCCCUGGAUUCACCACCACCAGCAAAAUGCGCAAAGAGUUCCUUAUUACUCGCCGGCGAAUAACGAAUAUUCUUUCGUUGAUGACGUCAGAGACGAUAAUCAUGACGUCACCGCCGACCCGUUCUUGUCGUGGAGGCUUAACGUCGCCGACAGGACUAGCCUUGUCCACGAUUUUACGAUGUGAUAAAUGAUCGUAUCAUAGAUUUUCCCCUUAAAAGUUUAGCCUUGGAUACCUUUUUAACAGAAAAACAAACAAAAGAAUCUUAAGCCUUGGCCAAAUUCUUUAAUUUUACUUUCUUUACAUAUAUAUAUUGAAUGUUUUAUUUUCAGGGGUUUUGUAUAAGUUUUUUUUUUUAAUUUAAUUUUUUUAUGAAGCUACUUGUGUUUUCUUUUCAUGACUUUAUUAAUGUUCUCGGGUAAUGAACUAAUGAUAGUUAGUUACUUUAUAACCUUUUCAUGACGUGUGUCCUACUUUGACCAUGAUUCAAGAUAUU